UUCUGGCAGCUGCUCUGUCGAGCUGCGAGUCAUUUAUUUUUGGGACAUUAGGUUGUACAACAACCUUAAGCGAUCUGAGAUGGGUAAAAUGUUAACCAAGUGUUCUUGCAAAGCCACGCGGACAGUUAUCUGUCAGCUAUGAUUGCCUGUCCCAUUUGCGCACCGAGCUUAGCCGAGAGCAAAGACGGUUUUUACUUCAAGUCUGAGUAAGUACCUACCUCGUGGGCAGAAGGGGCAGGACCAAAUCACAGCUGCCGGUUUCCCUGUGUACCGCUACAAGAAGAUCUACAUGUAGCUAUACAGUCAGCCUGACAGCACUUCUGUGGAAGGAAGAAUUUGGGCAGAGACCAGCGCAGUGCGACAGUGUUUAACCACUUACGUUUUUCUGAGAAUGGAGGUCACUAAAACAAGCUCUUACGCGAAUGGAGACUCCAAAAGUGAUGACAAACAAUCCGAUGAUGCGGGAUCCACAAGCUCACAGAUUGUCUGUGGAAGUUGCCGGAGUCGACUGCAACGGUGGACACCCAUAGGUUUUAAGGACGAGGUUGUUCAACUCUUUAAGUUAGCUGGACCUGUGGUGAUUUCACAGUUGAUGAUCUUUUUGAUAAGCUUCGUCAGCACAGUAUUUUGUGGGCACCUGGGAAAGACUGAACUGGCUGGAGUGGCCCUUGCCACCGCUGUGAUCAACGUUACAGGUAUUUCCAUUGGCUCAGGUCUGGCGUCAGCAUGUGAUACACUGAUUUCACAGACAUUUGGCAGUAAUAACUUCAAGAGAGUGGGUGUAAUCCUGCAGAGGAGCGUGCUGAUCCAACUGCUGGCUUGCUGCCCGUGCUGGGCCCUCCUCAUCAACACAGAGCCUAUCCUGCUGCUGGUCAGACAGAGCCCGCAGGUGGCCAGUUUAUCACAGUUAUAUGUGAAGAUCUUCAUGCCUGCCCUGCCUGCAGCGUUCAUGUAUCAGCUGCUGAGCAGGUACCUCCAGAAUCAGGGAAUUAUAUGGCCUCUGGUAGGAGUCGGCGUAGCAGGGAACAUUUUGAAUGGAGUGAUAAAUUACGUCUUCCUGUAUGUGCUGGACCUGGGUGUUGCUGGAUCAGCAGCAGCAAACUCCAUUUCCCAGUAUGCCUUGACAGUGUUCCUGUACACCUACAUCGUCUGGAAGGGCCUUCAUAAAGCUACCUGGGAUGGCUGGUCCAAGGACUGCCUGCAGGAGUGGGGUCCGUACAUCCGCCUGGCCCUGCCCAGCAUGCUGAUGCUCUGUGUGGAGUGGUGGACAUAUGAGAUAGGUGGAUUCCUCGCAGGUCUUAUCAGUGAGGUGGAGCUGGGAGCUCAGUCUGUUGUGUACCAGGUGGCAACCAUUGCAUACAUGUGCCCUCUGGGCUUCUCUGUGGCUGCCAGUGUUCGAGUGGGCACCGCGCUCGGGGCAGGAAACACUGCACAGGCUAUAAUGUCGGGGAAGGUUGCAGUCGUGUCUGCUUUGUCAGUCUCUUGUGUGCUGGCUGUUUUGAUUGGGGCCUCCAAAGACAUGAUUGGCUACAUAUUCACCACAGAGCCAGACAUCAUCCACCGUGUGUCAGAUGUAAUGAUCAUGUAUGGCUUCUUCCACCUUUUCGAUGCCUGUGCGGGUGUAACUGGGGGUAUUUUGAGGGGUGCAGGGAAGCAGCUGUUUGGGGCUCUGGGAAUCAUCAUGAGCUACUACUUUGUGGGAUUCCCUAUUGGUGUAUCCUUGAUGUUUGCUGCUAAUAUGGGAAUCAUAGGCUUGUGGACUGGCCUCUUUGUGUGUGGUUUCAUGACAUCGGUGGCCUUCAUCAUCCUGUUGGUGAAGCUCGACUGGAAGAAAAUCACCAUUGAGGCCCAGCAGAGAGCAGGAGUAGAGAUCCAGGCUAAUGGCAAAGCUGAUGUGCUUGUGCUGGAAAAUAAGGCAGCCUCUGAUACCAAUGUCUAUGAAGAGGUCUUGCCAGACCAAACACAGACACAGGUGGAGACUCCGACAGACGUGGAGGGCAGCAGCAAGGCAGAGAGUGGGAAAGAGGCAGAAGUGAAGGUGACCAUUGUGGGCGAUGUGCUCUCCAACUCACAGCUAGUCCUCAGACGUGGCGCGGCCACCUUCGCCAUGCUUCUCGUCCUCGCAGCAGGGAUUCUGAUCAAUGAGCUGCUCACUGGACACCUCAGGUGAAUCUGAAUCCAACAGGGACAUGUGCGCUGUACACACACACACACAUACACACACACACACACACACACACACUGACUGACUGAGAUAGGAGAGAG